CGAAUUUCAGACAGUGUCGCAAGCUUCAACACCCGUAUCUUUGCUUCUUUAUUGGUUCUACUUCGACAUUGUGCUGACUGCUGAUAUUAGAAAACGGUUCAUUUAGUUAGUGUGCAUGUUUAGGGCGGCCAAAAAUAAACCUGCUGGAGACUGUUGGUUAAAUUUUGGCUUAUUCGGGUUUUAGAAGUGUGAGUUUCUCAUCGCGGCUGUACAGCAGCUGCCAGACUAUUUCAUAUUUCCUUACGGGUGCUUUACGUCUGCGUACUUGGUAAAUACAAGAGUGACUUCCCUUGUAAAUAAAUCUGAAAUUUUGAGCGCAGCGGAAAAAAUGAGUUUAGAUGUUCAAAGUUCACAACAAAUGAUGGUGUUGUACGUCAAGGCGGGAGCAGACGGAAAGCGCUACGGAGCCUGUCCAUUUUGUCAGAGAGCCUUCAUGGUAGUAUUGACGAAAUCUCUACAGCAUCCCUUCCACUUCAGAUCCGUCACCGUAAAUUUAGCUAAACCACCAGAAAUUUUUCAUCAACGCGGAUUGCGCCGUGUUCCGUCCCUUGAAGAUGGAGACCAAGUGAUUGACAACAUCGAUGAUAUCGUUUCUUAUUUGGAGAACAAAUUUCCGGACAACCGUCUACUGUACGACAACCCGAAAGCUGAUUCUGCGAUCAAAAAUGUGUUCUCGCGCUUCUGUUUUUACAUUAAGCAGAUUUCAAAAGACUCCACACAUCUUGAAAAUGAGCUUCAAGUGUUGAACACUUUUCUCGGUCAACGAGGAAGCAUAUUCUUAUGCGGGAAUAAUUUAACGCAUCUAGACUGCGAAUUCCUGCCGAAACUUCAACAUAUACGAGUUGCUAGUGCUGCUUUAAAGAAUUUCUUUAUACCCAUUAGCCUUACUCACAUCUGGGCGUAUUUAUUUGCUGCGUACAAUUCUGAUGUGUUUGUGCAAACUUGUCCGUCUGAUCAAGAAAUUGUGCUGCACUGGCUGGACCGGCCGCAACUAGGUCAAAUGGCUUACGAUGAACACAAAAAACUAAUUCAGGAACCGCCAAAACAUUCAUUCGAUGUUCCCGCAGUUGCAGCUCUGGUAAAUCUCGAAUGACAGAGAAUGUUAUUUUCAUUUUCCGUCAUCAAAUCAGCCUUGAGUUUACAAAAUUUAUACGUUGCUACUUGCUAUCGACUUCCGAGAAAGAAUUUUAUUGUUCAUGCAUUUGUCAUAUUAUAGCGAAAUAGUGCUUAAUUUUUUAUCAUCAAAUAAAAUUGAAUUGAUGCA